GAGCAAUGGCUGCGCUACGGUGUUGAAUGGUGUUUCUUCUUAAACUGUGCGCUGGUUGGCUUUUCCAUGGAGAGACGGCGUCCCAGCCGGUCUACAAAUAAAGAGGACGUAGUGUGAAAAAAAGAAGUCUGAUUUUUGUCCAAAGCGACCUGGCUGUCGCCCCGCUUCAGGCAGCUCAUGGCUCCAGUUCAGAUGGGUUCGGACGGCCAGCUCGUCCCGCUCGGCGGCCCCUCGGCGCCUCAGCCUCCUCCUCCGGGCGCUCCGGCCGCACACGGGGUCCGGUUGAGUCUGCUGAUCGAAUUCCUCCUGCAGAGGACCUACCAUGAGAUCACCCUGCUGGCAGAGCUACUCCCCAGAAAGACAGACAUGGAACGGAAAAUAGAGAUAGUCCAGUUUGCCAGCCGGACUCGGCAGCUGUUUGUGCGGCUGCUGGCGCUGGUGAAGUGGGCCAGCAACGCUGGGAAGGUGGAGAAGUGUGCGAUGAUCUCCAGCUUCCUGGACCAGCAGGCCUUCUUAUUUGUGGACACGGCAGACCGGCUAGCAUCGCUGGCCCGCGAUGCUCUGGUGCAUGCCCGCCUGCCCAGCUUCGCCAUCCCAUUUGCCAUCGAUGUGCUGACCACAGGCUCCUACCCCCGCCUCCCCACCUGCAUUAGGGACAAGAUUAUCCCACCUGAUCCCAUUAUGAAGCAGGAGAAGCAGACCACCCUGAACCAGCUCAACCAAAUCCUGCGUCACCGUUUGGUCACGACGGACUUGCCCCCUCAGCUGGCCAACCUCACUGUGGCCAACGGCAGAGUGAAAUUCCGCGUGGAGGGUGAAUUUGAGGCCACUUUGACCGUAAUGGGGGAUGACCCUGACAUCCCAUGGAGGCUGCUGAAGCUGGAGAUUUUGGUAGAGGACAAGGAGACGGGAGAUGGCCGGGCCCUGGUGCACACCCUGCAGGUGAAUUUCAUCCACGAGCUGGUUCAGUCACGCCUCUUUGCUGACGAGAAGCCUCUGCAGGACAUGUACAGCUGCCUUCACUCAUUCUGCCUGUCACUGCAGCUGGAGGUGUUGCACUCGCAGGCCCUGAUGCUCAUCAGGGAGCGCUGGGGGGAUCUGGUCCAAGUGGAACGCUACAUCCCCGCCAAGUGCCUGACCCUUUCCGUCUGGAAUCAACAGGUCUUAGGUCGUAAGACUGGCACAGCGUCUGUUCACAAGGUCACCAUCAAGAUCGAUGAGGCUGAUGGGUCCAAGCCUCUGCAGAUAAGCCAUGAGCCUCCUCUACCAGCUUGUGAAUCUAAGCUGAUGGAGAGAGCCAUGAAGAUCAGUCACUUGUCCGUGGAGAAGCUGUUGAUCGAUAGCGUACAUGCACGGUCUCAUCAGAAGCUGCUGGAGCUGAAAGCCAUACUGAAGGCCCACAAUGUCAACGACAGCUCUUUCAUAGAAUCUGCUCUUCCAACUCUGGUCAUUCCCAUUCUGGAACCUUGUGGACGCUCCGAGUGUCUUCAUAUAUUUGUGGACUUGCAUUCCGGAAUGUUCCAGCCUAUGCUCUAUGCACUUGAUCAGUCCAUGCUGGAUGACAUUGAGAAGUCAAUCAAUGAUGACAUGAAGCGCAUCAUUUCCUGGCUGCAGCAGUUGAAGUUCUGGCUGGGGAAGCAACGUUGCCGACAGUCAGUGAAGCACCUCCCCACGGUGUGCAGUGACACACUGAACCUUGCCAAUGCCUCGUCACACCCAGCUGGCAGUCUUUCUAAGCACCAUCUCUUCAUCAAGCUUACUCGCCUCCCGCAGUACUACAUAGUGGUGGAGAUGUUUGAUGUGCCCGGAUGCCCCACUAAGUUGGAGUACAGGUAUCACUUCCUCUCCGUGGCACAGCUGGAGGGUGACGAUGGACCUCCUAGUGCACAGCUGCUGCAGCAGUUCAAACCCAAUGUGGACGAGCUGGUGCUGGAUGCCAUACCUAGCAAGGGCGUCCGACCAGGGACCAAGCGGAAGUUGUCUGGGGAGCAGGCUGCUGCUAUCGAACCUAAGAAACCCAAGCGGUCUGGGGAGAUGUGCGCCUUCAACAAAGUGCUGGCCCACCUGGUGGCGAUGUGUGACACCAACAUGCCCCUCAUCGGCCUGCGCUGUGAGCUGUCCAACAUGGGAAUCCCACACCAGGGUGUUCAGGUAGAAGGGGACUGCUGCAGCCAUGCCAUUCGUAUCCUCAAAAUCCCCCGCUGCAAAGGCGUCAGCGAGGAGACCCAGAGGGCACUGGAGUGCUCCCUGUUGGACUGCACCUUUCGGCUGCAGGGCCGCAACAACCGCACAUGGGUGGCAGAGCUGGUUUUCUGCAACUGCCCCCUUGGCAGCACCUCCAGCAAGGACCAAGCCUCCACACGGCACGUGUACUUGACCUAUGAGAACCCUCUGUCGGAACCCGUGGGAGGACGCAAGGUGGUGGAGAUGUUCCUCAGCGACUGGAACAGCAUCAGCCAGCUGUAUGAGUGUGUGCUGGAAUACACCCGUUGUCUGCCAGAUGUGCCGUCAUACAUGAGCAUCUUCUCAGAGGUGCGGCUCUAUAACUACCGUAAGCUGGUCCUCUGCUACGGCAGCACCAAAUGCAGCUCGGUGACCAUCCAGUGGAACUCUGCAAACCAACGCUUCCACCUCUCCCUCGGCACGGUGGGGCCCAACUCAGGAUGCAGCAACUGCCACAACAUCAUUCUCCACCAGCUGCAGGAGAUGUUCAACAAGAUGCCCACAGUGGUGCAGCUGCUCCAGAUUUUGGCUGACACCCAGGCACCCCUCAAUGCUAUCAACAAGCUGCCCACAGUACCCAUGCUGGGUCUGACCCAGAGGACCAACACGGCCUACCAGUGUUUCUCGAUCCUGCCCCAGUCCCCCAUGCAUAUUCGACUGGCCUUCCGCAACAUGUACUGCAUCGACAUCUACUGCCGCAGCCGAGGUGUGGUGGCGAUCCGCGAUGGCGCCUACAGCCUUUUCGACAACACCAAGAUUGUUGAGGGGUUCUACCCAGCGCCAGGGCUCAAGACCUUCCUCAGCAUGUUUAUGGACAGUAGCCAGGACGCCAGGCGGCGCUCCGUGAACGAGGAUGACAACCCGCCAUCACCAGUCGGCAUGGACCUGCUGGACCCCCUCGCCUCCCAAAUACAGCCCCAGCUCCAGUUUCUGAAACAGCAGCCUGGGGCUGGUAUCUACCCAGCACUCACCUCCCCGCCCAGUGCAUACCACCAGAACAUUGCCCCCUCACCCUCCAUGAUGCCCACACCGUCCCCUGGAGCUCUAGAUCCCAGCUCCCCCUACCCCAUGGUGUCUCCUGGUCAGCGGGCGGGUACCUGGCCAGGAUCUCCCCAGGUAUCUGGCCCCUCACCUGGUGCUCGCAUCCCCGGAAUGUCACCGGGUAACCCCUCGCUUCAUUCUCCCAUCCCGGAUGUGUCACAGUCCCCCCGUGCCGGAGCCAUGCCGACCAACAUGCCGCCUCCUCGCAAGUUACCUCAGCGCUCCUGGGCUGCGUCCAUCCCCACCGUGCUCACCCACAGUGCCUUGAACGUGCUCCUACUGCCCUCUCCCACGCCAUGCCUAGUCCCAGGGUUGGCCGGCAGCUACCUCUGUUCCCCGCUGGAGCGCUUCCUGGGCUCUGUCAUCAUGAGGAGACAUCUGCAGCGCAUCAUCCAGCAGGAGGCCAAUCUCAACAUAGUUUCUGCCAACGAGCCCGGCGUCAUCAUGUUCAAGACAGACGUGCUCAAGUGUAGGGUGGCGUUGAACCCCAAGAACUACCAGACACUGCAGCUGAAGGUCACCCCUGAGAAUGCAGGACCCUGGACCCAGGAGGAGCUGCAGUUCCUGGAGACGUUCUUUGAAACCAGGGUUGCCGGACCCCCUUUCAAGUAUAACACACUAAACGCCUUCACCAAGCUGCUGGGGGCCCCCACCCACAUCCUCAGGGACUGUGUGCGCAUUAUGAAGCUGGAGCUGUUUCCAGACCAGGCUGCCCAGCUCAAGUGGAAUGUGCAGUUCUGCCUGACGAUCCCCCCGAGUGCCCCACCCAUUGCCCCUCCUGGGACCAUCGCCGUUGUGCUGAAGUCCAAGAUGCUGUUCUUUCUUCAGCUGACCCAGCGGCUGCCCCCAGCACAGGAGCCGUUGAGCAUCAUUGUGCCCAUCGUGUACGACAUGGCGACGGGGCUGACGCAGCAGGCCGACAUCCCACGCCAGCACAGCUCAUCGGGUGCCGCAGCGCUCAUGGUCAGCAGCAUCCUCAAGCGCUUCAACGACAUGCAUCCGCCACGCCAAGGUGAGUGCACGAUAUUUGCCUCGGUGCACGAACUCAUGGCCAACCUCACACUGCCGCCUGGGGGACGCCCAUAGACCAGAACACACACGAGGCUCUGAGGUCCACUGGGUACUUGGUGCUCCGGCUCCAGUGUGUGUUGAUACAGGACACUUUGGCAGUAAACUGUGUCUGCGCACAGCGCUCAGCUCCUCUGCAGCUCCAGGACAAGUGACACAUGAAUAGCCAUUGAACACUGUUUUUAAAGGAUUGCUUGUGGUCAUGAAUGAAGACACAACUGCAGGAAGCUCCUCUUCAUAAAGCCAGUCAUAAAUUAUUUUACAUUACAAAAAAGGAAUUUAUUUUUUCAGAUGCACUGCUUACAUGAAAUACAGUAUAUGUUUACUAGUACGUUUUAUACUUCCUUCUUUACACAAUUUUGAAAAUAUGGUUGUUUUUAUGAAGAAACUUUACAAACUUUUUUUGUACUGCAGGAUUCCAGUGUUAGAUGUGUUGGAUGUCCUUGGUAAUAUCAGCAAUAUAAGUGUUUUUUCUUUUCUUUGGACUUGAACCUUAUUUUCUGUUCAGCCUGUCACUUUCUGUAUUGCAAAACUGUGAUAAACUUUAUAAAUAUGCUGUAUUUUAUUAUAACGGUUUUUGCAUACAAAAGGGCAUCAGACUUUUUUUCUAAAUAUUUAAUAAAAAAUGUGAACAGAUUGUAACAUUUCUCAUGUCCUGCACACAUUUACAGGAGUUGUAAUCAGCAUAUCUUUGGUUUUGUCUUAGCUAAUGUCUCUUCACAUUAUUGUACACCAGGGCUUUUAGUGGCACUUUUGUCUUUAUGUUAAUGCUUUAUUUGAUGCCAGUUCAAUUAAUAUAAUUUACUUAACUCAUUAAUUGAUGCUUCCCUCCCUUGCCCACCUCCAUAUUUUAGGUUCAGCUCCAAAGGAACUUUUUUAUAUUUUCUUCUUCAGUGUAUUUGAAGUACAUAGCAAAUAUGCAGUGAUAAAAUGUCAUUGUCAUUCAGACAAGACUGAUACCUUAUGGAGUGUAAAGGAAAAAAAUCUGAACUUUUCAACUUUGUUAUAUCUACCACAACCAACAGCGGAAGGAGAGGCAGCUGUUGUCUUUGAGUAAAA